GGACAUGUCGAUGGUGCUGAGGAGGGUGUGGGAACUGGUGUCAAGCACGUCGAGAGGGAAAGUGGAUGGGAGCGGAGCAGAGGCGUGUUCACGAUCCGAUCUGGGAGAGUUGGAGCAGCUGCCGGGAGACAUAUUGUUGCAAAUCCUGAGGGUGUUGGGGCCCAAGGAUGCAGCCAAAAUGAGCUGCGUAUGCAAGGCUCUCAGAUGCCUCGUUUUCGACAAUCGUUUGUGGGUUCACUUCCUUCAGACCUAUCAGCCCGACCCUUCUUCCGACUCUCUUUUCUUUGCUGAGGCCACCUUGAGCUAUGGCUACCCUCUCCCUCUUCCACCCUUCCAUGCCCGCACCCCCCAGCUCUCCUUCAAGCAUAUUUAUGGCCAACGAGCUCGCGUUCCUGGUUCCGUUAUCAUUGAUGGCGGUUCUGGCUAUUGCAAAUUCGGUUGGAGCAAAUAUGCCUCUCCAUCCGGCCGUUCAGCAACGUUUUUGAUGCAGGAAUUCGGUAACAUCGAGUCUCCAAUGUAUACUAGACUACGACAUUUUUUUGCAACUAUAUAUAACAGGAUGCAGGUGAAACCAAAUACACAACCUGUUAUUGUUUCCGUGCCAAUAUGUCAUUAUGAUGAUACUGAAUCAGCUAAAGCAUCAAGACGGCAGCUUAAAGAAGCAAUCUAUUCUGCCCUGUUUGACAUGAAUGUUCCCGCUGUUUGUGCUGUCAACCAGGCAACUCUAGCUCUGUUUGCUGCAAAACGUACUUCUGGAAUAGCUGUUAAUAUAGGGUUUCAAGUCACAUCUGUAGUUCCAAUUUUUAAUGGUAAAGUGAUGCGCAGUGUGGGCGUGGAAGUUGUGGGACUGGGAGCACUAAAACUUACAGGAUUUCUGAGGGAGAAGAUGCAACUCAACAACCUAAAUUUUCAGUCUUUAUACACUGUCCGCACAUUGAAAGAGAAGCUGUGCUAUGUUGCUCUUGAUUAUGAAGCUGAGCUAUCAAAAGAUGAGAUCUUAUUCCAGCCUCAUCUUGCUGGAGUGCAAGCAAUGGGUUUGCACCAGGCCAUAGCUCUUUGCAUGGAGCAUUGCCAUUCUGCGGAAUUAGCAGGUGACAGUGAUUGGUACAAGACUGUAGUUUUAUCAGGGGGUUCUGCAUGCUUACCAGGUUUGGCAGAAAGGUUAGAGAAGGAACUAAAGGCCUUACUUCCUCCCUACAUAUCCAAUGGAACCAGAGUCAUACCUCCUCCAUAUGGUGCCGAUACUCCUUGGUUUGGAGCAAAGAUCAUUGGCAAUCUGAGCACAUUUCCUGGUCCAUGGUGUGUGACCAAGAAACAGUUCCGACAGAAGCCGAGACUCAACCUCAUUUGGUGAUUCACCGGUCUCAUCUAAAUCUUUUUCUGAAUGUAAAUUAUUCAUCCUCCUCCUGCACAACAGCAGGGGUGAAUUAUAUAGCAGGAUUUCUUGUAUGCGUAAAUAAUGUGAUUUCUUUCUUUACAAAAGUAUAGAUGGUAAAUGGGCUGAUUUAUGUACACAACAAUAAUAGGAUAAAAAAAAAUUCUUAUAUUGCAACUUGCGACGAAGCUAUAAAUAAAAUUGCAGUCCACAAAAUGAGGGAUUCGAUGUAUAACAAACGAAGUUAUGGUAGUGAAAUACAUUGUUAUGAUUUUUCGGCUACCACCAAGGUCUUUAGUAAUUUGAAUGGACGGGUUUACCAUUUGGUCUGUGUGUAAUAGUGUCUAGCUUUUAAUAUAAUCU